AUGUAUAGCAGUAUGGCGAGCUCGGCGGGGAACAGGGCGAGAUUCAUUGCCGGAUUGAAGCAAUUUAUGGCUACAUAUGGUUUUGAUGGAGUGGAUUUGGAGUAUCCACAGGUUGAUGAUCUCAGAGGCGCUGACGGAGAUAAGGUCAAUUGUGUCUCUUUGAUCAAGGAGAUGAAGGCUACUUUCGGGACGAGAUACGGCAUUAGCGUCACGUUACCGACGUCGUACUGGUGCCUCCAGCAUUUCGACUUGCCUGGAAUUUAUGACUCGAUCGAUUGGUUCAACCUGAUGAGUUACGACAAUUCUGGGUUCAAGUUUAUUGGUCCAUUGGUACCGCCGCACACGAACAUCACCGAGAUCGAGGGUGGACUUGAUCUCCUCGGGAGAGCUGGCGUUGCUCCCAGCAAAGUGGUUCUAGGACAAGGCUGGACUUGCUGUGCCAGCUUUCUUAGCGCCGUUGGAACUUCUAUUCCAAUUAUUGGAGAGAUUGCUGAUAUUGCCGAGAUAGUAGCGACUCCAGCGAUUAUCGAAUUGUGUGUAAAAGGUGUCGAAAAAGAAGGCAAAGCUGAAUUCAAAGUCUUUGGGAAGGAGCACACCUUGGAUAUCAACAAACCAACUGAUAAACCAUCUGCAACACGCCUAAAGGAGUCUUCUCACUCGACUGCUAGCACUAAGACUGCCUGCUCUAAAAAACCUCAAGCCGACAUGGCAGCAAGGGAGAUUGAUGCGGAUGACGACGAUUGUCUUGAUGCGCAGAAGAAGAUGACAACAGAAACUGCAGACCACGCAGGGAUUGGACCAGACUUCAACGGAGAGUUCCUCUGCAUGUGGGCUACUGAAAGGCAAGCUUGUAUGCAUUACCGAUCGAUGCAUUCAGUACAUCCAGAUAGCCAUUAUAAUAGUAUCACCUGUCCGUAUUACUGGGUUGAUGCCAAAGGCAGACCAGUUGUAGCAGAGUACAACAAAGGUCGCAAGGCAGCUGGUUGGUUUGCAAGAUCCCAUUUGGAAGCGCAAAUUGCGAAAGAGACGAAUGGCCUCCAGCACUGUUCCACGAGGUCAACGAUGGCAGAGAAUUCCUGAAGAUCAAACCUGCACCUGUCACUCCGUUGACACGAGCUCAGUACGUGCGAUACUUACCAUUAACGGAAAAUCAAUUUGCAGGAG